CUUUCUCUCUCCUCCUCUUCAAGAUAGAGAGAGAGAGAGAGAAAGAGAUUUCAUCAUCUUAAGCAAAGCAGUGCAUGCAAUAAUGGGGAAUUGCCAGGUGGCGGAGGCGGCGGCGGCGGCGGCAGUGGAGCUUCCGGGUGGGAGGGUGCGGCGGCUCUACUGGCCGACCCCCGCUGCCGAGCUCAUGCGCUCGAACCCGGGCCACUACGUCGCCCUCGUCGUCGCCGCCGCCGCCGCCGCCGCCAAUUCCGAUCGCCUCUGCGGCCCCGGCGAUGGCGGAGGUGCAAAAGCGACGCGCGUGAAGCUGCUCAAGCCCAAGGAUAUGCUCCUCCUCGGACACUCCUACAAACUCAUCACCUUCCAAGAGGUGACAAAGGCUCUUAGGGCGAGAAAACAAGAGAAGAUGAAGAAGAGCCAAUUAUCUGAAUCGAUUCAGAAACAAAAUGGUGGAAAAGAUGAUGAUGAUGAGGCUCAUGUGGAUCAUGUUGUUGAUAAAGGGCGAAAACAAGUUGACUCACAAAGUAAUAAUGGGAAGGUGGAGAAGCAUGAGAGAGAAAGGCACAAAAGCAGAAGCUCACAAUCACAAUCACAAGCCAAUAAAGCUCGUCAAUGGCGCCCUUCUUUGCAGAGCAUCACUGAAGUGGGAAGUUAAUAUAUUUAUGGUGUUUUUUUUUUUUUUUUUUUUUUUUUUUUUCUGCUCUGUGUAAUGUAAUGUUUAUUAUUUAACAUAAGAGGACAAGAACAGUUGGGCUAAUUAAUCCCACUUAAUGGAGAAAUAUAAUAUGCAGUGAUAUUAGGGACUUAGAAGAGUAAUUGUUUUUG